UACAGGAAGUCAGUUCCAGUUUCAGGUAGUAUUACAGGUAACGUGUAAGGUGUUUGGGCGUUAUUUCAUCGUCGACGAUUUUUCUUUUUCUUUUUUUUUGGUAAAAGAUACAACAGCAAUAAGUUUAAACUCGGUUUCUUUGCACAGUUUGAUUCAAUUCCUCGUGGGCUUAAAGGUAGUGUCAGGAUGAAGACCGAGCGGUCGAUGGCCAAUAGGCCAGAUAACACCGCAUUCACACAGCAGCGACUUCCCGCCUGGCAGCCCAUUCUGUCUGCCGGCAUCGUCAUCCCUGGCUUCACUCUCAUCGGCCUGGCCUUUAUCGGCAUUGGAGUGGCGCUCUUUGUCACCUCACACAACAUCAAAAUGCUAGAGAGGGAUUACACAGGCAGUUCGAACGAUUCUAACUGCCUCCAGUGCACCAACCCUACUACAAACUGCGUAUGUGCGGUCAAUUUCUCCUUCAGUGAGCUUUUUGAGGGCCCUGUCUUCUUCUAUUAUGCCCUGUCUAAUUACUAUCAGAACUACAGAUCAUACGGAGUGUCCGUAGACCCCAACCAACUGGUGGGGCAGACACAGUACAUUCAGUCUCCAGAAAGCACCUGCUCUCCUUAUCAGAAGGAUUCCAGUGGGAAAUCUAUUGUUCCCUGUGGAUCCAUAGCGAACAGCAUGUUCAAUGACUCCUUUAAGCUGUACCAGAUUGUCAAUGGGCAGAAGAUGCCGGUUCCAUUUGACAGGAAAGGAAUUGCAUGGUGGACGGAUUACAAUGUCAAAUACAGGAAUCCUGCUCCUGUCAACGGCUCCUUUGCUCAGGCUUUUGCCGGUACAACAAAGCCCAUAAACUGGCCAAGUCCAGUGUACGAGCUGGACCCAAAUGACCCUGCCAAUAAUGGUUUCCUGAACCAGGACUUCCUGGUGUGGAUGAGGCGUGCAGCACUUCCUAACUUCAGGAAGUUGUACGGGCGAAUCACAGGGGGAGUUUAUGCAGAUGGCUUGCCUGCGGGUAACUAUACCUUAGAGAUCAACUACAAUUAUCCUGUUCAGAGCUUUGAUGGGAAAAAGACAGUGGUGUUCACCAAUGUUUCCUGGAUGGGAGGAAAGAAUCAGUUCCUGGGCAUUGCCUACCUUGUAAUGGGUUCUCUCUGUGUUGUCAUGGCAAUAGUCAUGCUCAUCGUUUAUGCAAAAUUCAAAUUUUCAGACGACGAUAGUGCAUAAUGUGGUUGUACUUGCGGAUGUAGUGUGAAAGAUUGUGUAUUGUCACCUUUAGUUCUUUUGCUAGUCCUCAGAACGUCCCAGCCAGAUCACAGGUUUUGCUAUUUCUGUUCACAGGUUUUGCUAUUCUAUUUUGAUCAGUGUUUUAGAGCUAUUCGUAACAUUUUACAGGUUUGAUUCUGAAACAGAGUAAAAUACUCUACCACGAACAUACGGAGUACACUGUACACAUACAGAGUACAUAUGGUAAAUAAGGCAGAUCGAUUAACAAAUCAGUUGAACUAAAGGUGAAGAAAUAUUUUUUUUAUCCAGGAUUUAAGAAAAAAUACAGCCUUGCAUAAUAGGCUCUAUAAUUAAUGUCAGUGGCAUCCAAGAUUCCGAGUUGUCUUUCUUUUUCUUUUUUUUGGUUUAAACUUCUUUCAUGAACAUAUUGAUCUCUAUUAUCACUGUUUUCACUACAUUACCCACAAUGCCAUUUGAUUACCUGCUGAUAGUGGUACCGUUCUACCUAAUGAAAGCGAUGCAGCAGCACUUUAAUCCUUUUAGUCUGUCCAACUCUCACAUCCUCAUCUGUACACUCUGCUCAAACGGUUCAGCUUUGUACAUGUACCAUCAUGCCCGUCAUCUCGUAGUCACCAGCGAGCUAAGCCAAGUUUUUGCCAUAACUCAGUGCAACCACAUAGUGUAACGGCAUGUCCUUCUGGAGCUUUGAAUUUAAUGUUUGCCGUCGCUAGUACUUCUACAUAAACAGCAGAACCUGAGCAUUAUCGCUUACUAUAUGUCUGAGAGCAUUUAAAUUAUUUCUCCUAUUAAACGCCAUUGGAACUGUGCUAGUAAUGUGAUGCGUUUCCCACAUGUGACAUCAGCACGUCACGACACUAGCGUCUAACAACAAAUAAUGAAAAUACAGCACCAACCAGCAAAUUAACACAAGAAUCCCUAAGCACAUCACAUAUAUAUUUCAAUAGAAGCAUAUUUAAUGUGUCUCAAGGUGGAGUUUUCUUUGAAAUGAUACACUGACUCCAAAUUAGACACAAAUUAGAGGCAGAUCCCAUUGUCUUACAAAAAAAACAACACAUGGACGUUAAUACAUUUAAUGUUAAACAUUUGCUGUCCUCAAACUAAUUUUUUCCUUCCUCUUCACUCUUCGUUUGUAUUUGUGCUCAGAAAGAUGAGUAGUACUCUUAGGCUCUGGUUGCCACAAAGCUUGGCAUCAGUGUGAUUCAUAGGGAAUGUUUGUAAGCUAAUUUAUCUCCUUCAAAGUAUAUUAAAAUCCUUACAGCCCUAGUUGAACGCAACCACGCUGAUUUUUCUAUCUCAGUGUUUAUUUAAUUCCAAGUAAACAAUCAUCUUAAUUCACCCCAUAUAUGAGGAUUUGUGACUGUUACUAAGCAUGCGUGAUUUAAAAUUAUUGAGCUUUAAAAUGAGUAUGUUUACUUUCCUGACUUUGUUAUUAAGCCAAAUCUAAUGACAAUUUAUUAAUUAUCUGAAAUGCAUCAUUUAGCUGUAUUAUCAGAAAUAGUCCUAAUUUAAGAUUAAUUAAUUAUAUGCCUUUUGUAUUCUAGGGCUUUUUUUCAGAGAAACGCUUUACCUCUGCGUUCAAAACUUCUCUCUUUUUUAAAAUCAGAUGGUAGUGGGUGAGGACCUUUCAGGGACUGCUGCACUUUUGUUUUUUUAUACAUUGUUGUCUCAGGGUGUGUAAAAUCUGGGUAAAUGUUUUUGUUUUUAUUUUUUAAAUUGCUGUUUUGUAACUGUGUUGGAAAAGCCAAGCUUAUGCCAGUGUAACACAACAUUGCCUUACUUGUAUUCAUGCCAACUUCAGUGACUUUCAGAUAGAGAUAAAGGUGCAGUAUGGGAGAACUUGUGUAUUUAAAAGCUUUAUAUUGCUGUGAUGAGCAAAAAAUCAAUGCAUUUAACCCUCUUUCUCUGAAUUGCAGCUUUAAGGUCAAAAUCUAGGUGUUGAGUCAAUUUCUAUUCAAUGGUAUGAUCCUAUCUCGACACUCUUUUCAACAAGCCCUCAUAGGAUCUGUUCAGGCCCUCAUAGAUAUAGACUUCAGGAGUAGAACUCACCCGGAAUCAUUGUGUUCUGAUGCAAUUUAAUUUCUGGUUCUGAUAAAAAGGCAGACAAAGCUGUAUAUGUGAAUUCACAAAAUGUAUGUUACACUCACACUUCUCAAAAACAUACUGCAUUACAAUGUUUACUUGGACUGUUAAUUGGCUCACUAGCUCAUGCUAGCCUAGUACCCAUUAGGUGACAAAGAUUUAAAAGAAAGUUUGUAGGAAAUGUCUUCACUCAGGUGUGUUUCUAUUUUAAAAUUGGCCCUUGUUUAGCAAGUGGCCACUUGUGUGAUGUAGGUGUUCAAGAAGUGAGGGGAUGUCUGAGGCAUGUUUAAAUAUUUAGUAUUGAAGCAGGGUCUGCUAUGUUACGGUUAGUGCCAUGUCAGAUAAAUGUUUGUUUCCAAUUUAAAACAAAAUGUAUGUUUAGUAGAAUUACAAUUUUGAGUGAUGACGUUGCUUUAUUUAGAAAUAAACAAUCUGAAAUCUGA